AUGAUCUACCCAGAGUGUACACGAAAAAAGGCAGGCGUAAUCUAUCUAUCUAUCUAUCUAUCUAUCUAUCUAUCUAUCUCAGCCUUUUCAUAUCUAUCUAUCUAUCUAUCUAUCUAUCUAUCUAUCUAUCUAUCUAUCUAUCUAUCUCAGCCUUUUUCAUCUAUCUAUCUAUCUAUCUAUCUCAGCUUUUUUACAUUAUCUAUCUAUCUAUCUAUCUAUCUAUCUAUCUAUCUCUGCCUUUUCAUUAUCUAUAUCAUCUAUCUAUCUAUCUAUUUCAGCUUUUUCAUAUAUAUCUAUCUAUCUAUCUAUCUAUCUAUCUAUCUAUCUAUCUAUUUCAGCCUUUUCAUUAUCUAUCUAUCUAUCUAUCUAUCUAUCUCAGCCUUUUCAUAUCUAUCUAUCUAUCUAUCUAUCUAUCUAUCUAUCAGACCAUUUUCAUAUGUAUCAAGGCAUCUGGAUAUAUCGAUUGACAUCUAUCUAUCUAUCUAUCUAUCUAUCUAUCUAUCUAUCUAUCUAUCUAUCUCAGCUUUUUCAUAUCUAUCUAUGAAACUUUUUUCAUAUCUAUCUAUCUAUUUCCCAGUUAGCUUCUAUCUCCCAGUUGAAAAUAUGGAUUAUAUGUGA